AUGAUUUACCUGCUCGCCAUUCCUGUCCUCGCGGCCUGCGUGUACCGAUAUAUCAUCUACCCCCUAUACUUCUCGCCGCUUGCCCGGAUCCCCAAAGCGCACUUCACUUCGCCAUUUCUUCCGACAUGGCUAUGGUGGAUACGCAACUACCGCUGCCGUGAAGUAUCGACCAUUUAUGCCUUGCACAAGAAGCUGGGGCCGAUCGUCCAGCUCGCCCCGAACGAAGUCAGCGUCAACUCGGCCAACGGGCUCAAGACCAUCUACCUCGGCGGCUUCCCCAAGGACAACUAUUAUGAAGAUCUGUUUAUGAAUUAUGAGCGAUACCCUAACCUAGCCAGUAUGCUGUCCUUCAAGGCUCACUCAGAGCAGAAGAGGAUGGUGUCCCGUGUCUAUUCAAAGUCUUUCAUCCUGGCCUCGGAAGAUUUGAGAGUCGCCUCAGAACAGCUGAUCUGGGAGAGAUACCUACCCAUGUUCGAGAGAAUAGCACAGCCGCCAUCGUUCCCUUCCGACCGUGAGGAGGAGCGAAUGAACUUGGGUCCUGAAAAGACGCUGAACGUCUUCCCUCCUUUCCAGGCAGUGGGUAUGGAUUUCAUGACAGCAUAUCUCUUCGGAAUUGAUGCCAGCACAGAUUUCCUCCGUGACACCGAGUAUCGAGACCACUGGCUCAAGCUAUAUUCUGUGUUCAAGACCCAGCUUCCAAAGCAACGAGCGUUCGGAGAGGUUGAGAACCUCUGUUUGAAGAUGUGCGAUCAAGUUGCGAGCCAGCUAUCCUGCAAAGCGAAGGGAGAGGCCGACCUCAAGUCUGGCUCUACCAAGCCUGUGGUAUAUGGUCAACUCUUUCAAGGCAUAUUCUCCCAGGUCAACCCAAACAGUGAUGCUGAGAAGGCUGAUGCCAGGUUUCGAGUCGCCUCCGAGAUGAUGGACCAUAUAGUCGCCGGCCAUGAAACAACCGGGAUAACACUAACGUAUAUCGUCUAUGAAAUGUCCCGGAAUCCUGAACUGCAGGCAAAACUACGAGAAGAGCUGCUCACCUUGUCUCCUCCAAUCUUCUAUAAACAAGACAGCAUCUCUAAGACCACCGAUGGCGAAAAGGAAAAAGGCAGCCGGCUCCCUUCAUUCCAUUCUCUUGACGAACUUCCAUUGCUCAACGGCAUCGUGCAUGAGACUCUUCGAGUAUAUCCAGCAGCACCUCUUCCACUACCUCGAAUCGUUCCCGCUGGUAAACCGGUAGAGCUGGAAGGUUAUCAGAUACCCGCCGGCACCCGCGUAAUGUCAUCUGCAUACACAUUGCAUCGAAACCCAGAGGUAUUCCCUGAACCUGAGAGCUGGAAGCCCCAUCGAUGGGUCGAAGCAGAUAAAACACAGCUUGAAAAGAUGAGACGACUCUUCUGGGCAUUUGGAAGCGGUGGAAGGAUGUGUCUGGGAAGCAACUUUGCUCUUCAGGAUAUCAAACUCGCCAUUGCCGCACUUUACACGAACUAUACUACAUUCGUAGUCGGCAACGAUAGUAUGGAACAAACCGAAACGUUCAUAGCGCAGCCAGUUUCAGGGAAGCUGGUCAUCGGAGUUAAGCAUGUCUAA